AUGAGUUACCUCGCCCAGCGAAACUACAAAAGGGCAUAUUCGACGAUCAAAAUGGCAACCAAGGAGAUUCCGACCACAAUGCGUAGUUGGCAGUACACAUCAACAGUGGGCGGCCUCGAGAAGAACCUGAACCUCAAUGUUGCCCCAUUGCCACAGCCAAAAGCCUAUCAGCAUUUGGUGCGAAUUGUUGCAGCAGGUGUAAAUCCAGCCGACUACCGGCUCUCGGAGGUUCAGCUCUUUCAUCGAUUGAUGUUUCCCAAACCAGCCUCUCCUGGACACGACUUUGCUGGUUACAUUGUCAAACCUGCAGCAGGAUCGACACUCAAAGAAGGACAGCUUGUAUUUGGAGGUGCUGGGGACAACUUCAUGUACGGAGGAUCAAUGUCCGAGUACGGAGUUGCAAACGUCACUUCCACGGCAGCCAUUCCUCCAGGCCUGUCGCCAAUCGACGUAGCCGGCAUUCCAAUUGCUGGUCUGACAGCAUACCAAUCAAUUCUCCCACACUCAAAACCAGGCUCAAGAAUCUUUCUCAACGGCGGUUCUGGAGGGGUAGGAACGUUUGGGAUUCAAAUCGCCAAAGCCGAAGGUCGGCACGUCACGGUGAGCUGCUCGACGGCGAAUAUCGAUCUGUGUAAAUCUCUAGGGGCGGAUGAGGUUAUUGAUUAUACCACACAAGAUGUGCUGGAAACGCUCAAGUCAUCGCCGCAAAAAUAUGAUCUCGUGGUGGAUUAUGUCGGCAACGGCCAAAACCUCUUCUGGCACGGGCAUGAAUUCACCACUCUUGAUGCCAAGUUCGUCACCGUGGCAGUGAGUCAUCAUUUCAGCCUGAUUUGGUUCAUUGCAAGAGCACAAUUCUUGCCAGGCUUUGUUAGCGGCGCAAAGAGACAGCAUAUCACCGUCUUUGGUCAGCCAAACGUAAAAGACCUUGAGCAGAUGGCUGCCUGGAUGGUGCAAGGCAAGGUAAAACCCAUCACUGACUCGACAUUUGAAUUUGAGCAAAUCAAGCAAGCAUACCAACGAGCGAAGACGGGUCGUGCCAGGGGUAAAAUCAUUAUCACCAUUGCGCCAGAGGAGAACCAGAACCCAUAA